AUGUCAACUGAUCUUCUAAGCUGCUGGGCACAAACCGAAAAUUCAAAACGAGGUUUCGUGACACUAAGUGCAAGGUACAUGGCCAUCAAAUCCGAUGCUCAGAGGCGAGAAGAAAUUCGAGAGGAAAAGGAGGAGGCUGGUGAAAUACUAGAUCACUUGUGCUUCGAAUCUAAUCUAACAAAGGGUUUCGAAUUCAUAAAGGAAUCUGGCGUUCUACGAGAAGAUGAAAAAGAUGCAAUUGGCUUUACCCCCUGGUAUGGAAGACAUGCAGUGCAUCAACCGGUUGGUGCAGCCUUGCGAAUUUUUGAACCAGACUACGAUAACCUCGGACCAGACGAUAUCUAUGAUGGUCCCCAAACUCCCCAAUCAGUCUUGGCUGCUGCAAACCAUGUUGUCAUCAUUGUCGCAGUCUUGAGACUUCACGGACAGUUGGUUGCUAAGUGUAAAUCGAGCCAUGGAACGCGAAGACAAAGGGACGGAUACCUAUAUGUGAGCUUGACAACCAUGGUUACUAGCACAUGUGGCACUAAACCACACCCGAGCUCUCUCUUUGUGAGAGACGCAUCCAUGGAUGAACGGUGGUGGCGGCGGAGCGGUGGAAACCGAGUUAAGUCGAAUGUCUUUCCAAAGCCUCCACGAUAUCCACCUCCUUCAUAUCCAUUCCCAGAUCCACGAUUGUCAUCUCUCCGACCACCACCGCCACAAUCUCCGCAUCCACCAAAUGAACCAUUCUGA